AUGCUCCAUAUUCAGGUGAUAUAUUUAUAAACAAGGCUUAUUUCCAAACCAAGAUUAGAGAUUAGAUUUUUUGUUGUUGAGAUUUUUAGAAUUUUAUUUUUAGAAUGAGAAAAUUGUGCAUGCGUGAAACAUUUGGUUUUUUCAUAUCUAAUGUAAAAAUGAUGUUUGAAAAUGUGAUUAUCACAUUCGAUCAAAAUCGUUCAAGUAUAACACUUCAAUAACAACAUUUGAAAUUGAUUUCGUUUUUCAGAUGGGCGAAACGUAUAAAAUUUUUGGUCUUUGCUCUAUUUGGAACAUGAGCGCAGUUUUUGCUGCUAAAGGGUGAUUUUUUAAAAUUUCUCUAUUAAAAUUCACUGAAAAUCAGUUUUGUUGAGUUUAGAUUGAAUAAUAUUUUUUUCCGAGAAAUCUUCAUAACAUUGUAAAUCGAGAACUGUAUUCAAGAAAUGAUUUUCCUGUGAGAUGGUUUUGCAUAUAAUCGAAUUCUCGAAUGUUAUGAUGUUUUAAUUCUAGUUUAUGGGAUUUUUAGAAUUCACAAGAUCAUUUUAAUGUUAACAUCAAAUCAAUUUUGGACACCCACUCAAUAACAAAUAAUUUUAGAUUCACUUUAAAAAUCGAAAGAAAAAUUUAGUUCCCCAUUAUCGAAAAUACCCUUUUGUUUGUCCCAGAUUAGUUGUUUCUUCUUUCGUCUUCAAAACGAAGAACUUUUCGAACCAACCACACCACUGAUAAUAUCACAAAAAAUUCGAAUAUUUUUUUUUUUCAAAAAAAAAAACACCUGCACACUUUUUUCAGUUUCAGUUGCUUUUUCACCUGCCCAAAUUUUUUUAGAUCUGAUUAGUUUUUCAUCGAAACACUGCUAUCACUUUUGUAAAAGAGCUUAUUUUUUUUCGAAGACAAAAUAAAUGUUGUGGCACUUGAUCAAUAAUAAUAUACCACCCAUAUCAUUUGUUUUUGAAAAUAACAAUUUUAAAAAUUAUUUACAAACAAAUAUCUUUUGAAUUCUCACGAAAAAUUAACAUUUGCGAACAAUUUGUUGAUUAGUUUGUUUUAUUAGAGCCGAAUGAUCUCUGUUUCCCUCGUUCUAUUUAUAUCAAAAAUGUUCAAAUUCGCUGCAAAAAAACUUAUUCAAAUGAAACAAUUAUUUGACAAGCCGGCGAAUUUCCCACAAUUUAUACCUUUUUUCUUUUUCUGUUGUUCUUUUUCUCGUUAUCUUUUGGUCCAAUAUCGAUCAGCAUUUAUUUUUUCUCCUACUUGUUUUUUUUGUCUUGCAGAACACUAUUCCAUCAUUUUUUCUCCAGUCAUUUAUUGUACAAAAAUCUUUCUUCUGUUCUGUUAAAAAAUCAUAUCUGAAGGAUGAAGGCCACCCGUAAUCUUCUCCAAUAUUUUUUUUUAGUUUUCUAUUCAUUCUGCAGAUUUUUUGCCUUUUUAAAAUGAAAAAAAUUACAGAGAUUGAAUUUCGAGAAGAUUUGCGAACGUGAAUUAUCGAAUUUCAAUGCACAAAUUUUUUUUUUUGGUUUUUUUUCUUUUUUUUUCUUUGAAAAAAGUCAUGGCAACUGAUAUCUACUCGCUAGUUCUUAUCAGAAAAAAGCUGGCUUUGAUUUUUAACCGGAUAGAGAAUGGGGGAAAACAGCUGAUAAGGUUUAUUUGCAGAUCUUUAGUUUUUGGAGGGUUUAUUUUUGAAUUUUUUUUCUGGACAGCUUUUAUAAAAAUAGCUUUUAUAUUUCAAUUUAGUAUAGUCCUGAGCGUAUGAAAUUAUAAUUUUUUGGACUGAAAUCAGCGAAAUCAACAAACAAUUGAAAAAUUGAUCUACCAGAAACAAAAUUUUUAAAUGUUAGAGAAAUAUGUAUUCAGAACUAUUGAAGUUUCUCAAUGCAAAAUAUGUAUUCUGCCUAGAAAUUUUUAGUAUACCAGAAAUCAGCAUUGUUACAUUCUGAACCCUACAAUGUAGCACAUGUGAGUGUCCAAGGUUGCGAUAAGUGUAAAACAGCGUGUUCAUCUUUCUCUUUCUUAUUUUCUCUCAACUUUUUCUUGUCAAAAAUCGAAAAAAAUAGUCUCAAAAAAUUUGGUUUGUUGCUCUAAUCAUCAUGCCACUUUAGUGCAGAUAAAAAAAAACUCAUUUCGACCCAACAUCAAACCAAAAAUAUUAUUUCUUUUUGAUUAGUAUUUAUCAAACAAUCAAUCUCUGCUUCUUAUCAUUUUGAAUCGAAUCAAUACACUGUUUCUCUUUUCUUUUUCAUUUGUUUACCUAACCGACUGAUUUUUUGCACUCUUUAUUUUUAAUAAAUAAUCGUGGAUAGAUUGAGUUCGAAUAUUUGCAUUUAUUUAUUAUAUGUAUCAAAAUAUUUUUAUUUAUACAAAAUUUUUCAUAUUUGCAGGAAACCGGAAUGUCUCUUCAAUUGAAAACUGAUCCCGAUUCAGAUUUCUACGAAGGUUAGUUUUUUUUUUAGAAUUUCCCACAAUUUUCUUUAAUUUGUGAGAAAACCAAUCACAUUCCAGAAAAAGAUACAGUACUCUGCCAUAUUUGUACUGACACAGCAACUGGUCGUCAUUAUGGAGCAAUUGCUUGUAAUGGAUGUAAAGGGUUUUUUAGACGAACUGUUCGACGAGCUUAUGAAUAUAAAUGUCGAUUUGAUUCAAAGUGCAAGAUUGAUAAACGUAAGAGUUUUUUAAAAAAGUGAACAGGAAAUUUGGGAAAUUCGAGCAGAUUUGUGUAAUUUGAUUCUGAGAUGAGAAGUUUUGUAAGCAAACAUUUUUGUAGAUAGGAGAUUACAUUGCUGGAAAACUGAAGUUCCAAUUAAUUCAAAACAUAUUUCAAAGUAAAUUUGAACCACAGUUGACUAUAACUGCGCUGAUUAUAGCUAAAAAAACCAAUUUGGUUAUGUUUUCAAAAUUGUAAUCUGUCCCACAACAAAAUAAAAUUUGGUUUUUUUUUUUCAAAAUUGCAAUCUGGCCGACAAAAACUCCCAUUUUUACCCAAGUUCCUUAAAAUUAUUAUGUUUUGUUAAAAUAUUGGUCACGUGAAAAAUUAUUUUGAAAAUAGAUGGUCAGUAUAGUAUGACCGCAGAAUCCUCAUCGAACAUCCGUCAAAUUUGAAUUUCGAUUUUUACCUUUUCUUAACUCCUACCCACCAUUCCCCUAAUUUUCAAUCAAAUCCAUAUUUUUCCAGAUAACAGAGCUGUUUGUCGAUACUGUCGCUAUAUGAAAUGCAUUCGUUCUGGAAUGAGAGAUGACCAAGUUCAAAUGGAAAGAGAUGUUAUUGGAAAACGUGUGAAAGGGGAGAACAACAAAUCCUGGGAUGAUAAAUCUCCGCGAACGUCUCCGGAAUUGAACAAACCUAACUGGAAUGAACACGAAUAUCUUCUCAACUGUCUUCUUCGUUCAGAAUCAACAAUUCAUAGUCUCAGAGAUACAGUGAUCAAACAAAUUGGAAAUGUUGAAUAUACAACAAAAGAUAGUCAAAGUUCAGAUGAUGCAAAUAAUACAGAUACAGCUUCUUUGAAUGAUGUUUUGAAAUCGAUGCAUAGUCAAUUGCUACUUGUCAUUGAAUGGGCCAAAACCUUGCCAGAAUUCACUCAACUCUCAUCGGAAGAUCAAACAAUUCUACUGAAAAACUUUGCUGGUCAACAUGUUACACUUUGUGUCGCUUAUCGUUCUCGCGAAUCGAAUGAUGUUCUCAAAUUGCUCAAUGAUCGCUGUAUUCCAAGAGCGUCAAAAAGUAAAAAUGGAAAAGAGUAGGUUUUCGUUUUGUUUUUUUCCUUCUGUUCAUUUUUGAAAAAUGUCAUGGUGGUCCCUUGGUCUUUUCAUUUUUGGUGUGUUAUUUAUGCAAGCAUAAGAUUGACGUGUGAAAUAUAGACACAUGUCAGAAAUUUCGUACAGAUUGACAUCACUUGUAGGCGAAGAAAAUUGUGAUUUUAAUUGAAAAUUGGGACCUUUUUCCUGUUUCGAGGUCUAUAAAAUAUUGAUGAAACUGAAAAAAAAACAUGUUUCCUUAUUUUUAUGAAUCUAUUUAUAUUUCUUGAGAGAAAACGUGUUCCAAAUUGUUGUGAUCUUACAAAAAAAUAGUGCGGAAAUUAUUUCUUACAACAUUUUUCAAAUAAAAAACUACAGUUGAUUCUGAUUAUAUCUCACUUUUUUUCAGAACAGUCGAUGGAUUUUACCUCCGUGAUUGUGAAAAAGUUAUGGAUCAACUCGUUGCUCCAAUGAGAUUUCUGAACAUGGAUGACACUGAAUUUGUUGCUCUCAAAGCCUGCAUCUUAUUCAAUCCAGUAGCACGUGGUUUAUCCAAAUUAGCAUGUCAAAAAAUUCUGGAAACUCGUCGUAAAGUGUUCAGCGCAUUGGAACAAUAUAUCCGCAAAAACAAGCCUACUGAAACAACAAGAUUGGGAGAUUUAACAUUUUUCAUCCUCUCUCCAUUAUCUGUUUUGUCACAAACAAUUUCUGAAGAUAUCAUGUUCACAAAAAUGUGUGGAGCAGCAAGAAUUGAUAUGCUUAUGGAAGAACUCAUUUUGGCUGAAAGUGGAUACAAUCAUCACAUCCGUCCACAUGUCAACCCAUCAAUGAGCCACGAAGAUGAUUCACUUCAAUGUCCGCCGUGUGUUGAUCUACCGCAUCACCAGGAAGAUCCAACAAUGAUUCCAUCAACCAGUGUUUCUCCCUUGGAUAAUAUGUAAGUUUUUAUUUUCCGAAGAUUGUCCCCUUGACUUUUUUAUUUUGCUCUCAAAAUCACAAUUUCACCUGUUUUGUGUGUGUCGUAGCAAAAAGUAUCAGAAUCACUAAGCAAAUAUCCAGCUCAAAACAUUUAAGUUCACCUGUCUGGAAAUUCUUAAAUGUGUUUUCAAAAGUGUAAACUCCAGAGCACAAUAAUUUCGAAAACAGGAAGUGUUAUUUUAGACCACCAAUGAUGGAAAAUGACAUUCAAUCGCAUUCACAACAACCACAUAAUCUUCCGUGGAUGAAUCACAAUCCUGAAUAUAUGCCGUGAGUAUUUCAUAGAUCUGAAAAUAAUUAAAGAACUAUUUAUACAUAUAUUGUUUCAGAUAUCCUCAAAUGCACGGAGCAUAUCAAGAUCUCAACAUUCCCCCGCCAAACUACGUCAAUCCACAUUUCUAA